UGUGUUCCCAGUACAGCCAUUUGAAGAACGGACUGAUUUCCCCAGUUGUUCCGGGUUUAUGACGUCACCGCGGCGGCAUUAGCUGCAUGUGUUUUGAUGUUGAUAGAUUUCAGUCUCAUGAAGGUAACUCACCGGAACAGCGCGUGACAGCAUUUGGAGCUUUUUCUUCCCGUUAAAAGGAGAGAGGCCGAGCUUCCGGGAUGAACCCCGUGUUCAGAAAGUUGCAGGUGUCUGUCACACAGCAGGCGUUUGUGUUAAACCAAGCUCUCACAUUAUGCAGGGCCACACCCUGCAUCCAGAGUCCUGUGUGGGCCUGUGUGAACACAAGACAGUACAAAUCCAUGCCAACGCACGGGAUUGGGCGAUGGAGACACCUUGUACCUAAAGAACCAGUAAGGAAAAAGAAAGACCGACACCAGAUGAAGCCGAUCCUGGCGGCGACAAACACGGCGUACGGGACUCUGAAUGUGAUGGUGUCGGGUUAUGACAUGACACUAGUGGAGCAUUACUCACAGUACAUCCACAACCUCUGCAACCGGCUCGGCGUCAAAGUGUCAGAUAGCUACGCUCUGCCUACCAAGAGCAUGGAGGUCAUGCUGAUGCAGGAACAAGGCACCAAGAUGUACGUGGAAGCCCUCCUAAAGACUCACCAGAGAAUCAUCCAGCUGAGCAGCCUGAGCGCCACACUGUGUCCUGUUUUCAUGGAUGUUAUGUUAAAGAGUCAACCUGAAGGAGUUCAGCUGUCUGUGACGGAGCACACGGAGGCUGAUUACCACGCACGCUUUAAGACUCGCCCAGAGCUGGAGGGGCUGCUCGCUCAGAUGACCAAUUAGGAGCUGCAGACCACAGACCUGGCUUUGCAUAUUUAUUCUCUGGUAUUCUGUCUCUGAAUGCUGCUGGAGGUGUUCACUUACAUGUCAUAUUGCUGUUUCACAUCACUGUAUGAAUAAAAAAUGGGCAUACUCAAAGCUUAAA